GUGGUAUUAAGUCAGUAAGGAACAACAUUCUUGAUGAUGAAAAAGGGCAUUAAGCCAUUCAAUACUUUUUUCGACCAUAAGCAAUUGUUGUUGUCAUUCCUAUCAGCCUACCCCUAUCAGAACCUGCCAUAAUACGAGCACAGACAACACUCAAGACCUUGCGAGGAUUCACAAGAGACAAACGACUAAAUCCCCGUGUCCGUAAUCAUGGCCUUAUAUCGCACAGCUGGGAAGCUCUCCGCCGUUAUGGGACAAGCAAAGUAUCACGCCGCUGCAGAAGGAGGGGGAACCAUUCUUGAGAUACCAGCUAGUGCUGUAACUGCGGACGAGCUAAAACAGGAGCUUCAGAGGCGACUCCAAACAUCGCAGUACACGAUCCAGGUAAGCGUAAAAUUGUUGAAUACACGCUUGUUGUUGCUUAUAUGUCUAAUGGUUAUGUUAGCUGAAACGAGACCGAUACUCGGUCACACUGCCACUCCAUGGGAAGCAAGAUAUACUCAACACCAUCUAGUGAUGACAACAGUUCCGGCUGUCAGAGCUUGAAGCAACACUAGGCCCUCUCGCAUUGCAUCGCUUCGUUUCUUGCUUCAAACUCUGGAGCACUUUUUUUUUUCGUUUAAAGCAUAU